AUGAUAAGGUUUACCAACUUCUGGCAACGAAGCCGAUCAAUAGCUGUGAAUGAACAGUGGGCGGACGAGUGUCCGGAAGGGGUGGUGCAGGAAGACGCCUUCAAAGAAAUAUAUGCCAAGUUUUUUCCUCAUGGCAACUCCAGUUUGUACGCCCAUCAUGUAUUUAAGGCCUUCGACUUAAAUAGCAACGGCCAGAUUAGUUUUCGGGACCUGUUAGUGAGCUUGUCGCAGCUACUGCGAGGCACGGCCUACGACAAGCUAAAAUUCGCCUUCAAACUCUACGACGUCAACGGAGAUGGAUGCAUCACCAAGGCGGAACUCACAGACAUUGUCUCUUCAGUCCACGAACUGAUGGGCAGAAGCAGCCACAACAGACAUGUAAGUCGCCCAAGACGAGGUGAGGGGGAAGACAGUGAGGGGCGAGAGGAGGGAGGUGGAGAAGUGAGAGGAGGUGUGAGGGUUGGGUGCUGGUAA